AUGGAUCAAACUAGUUUAGAUCGAGUUCGGCAGAGUUCGGACGUCUCCGCCCGGCAGAGUUCGGACGUCUCCGCUCGGCAGAGUUCGGACGUCUCCGCCCGGCAGAGUUCGGCAGAGUUCGGACAUCUCCGCCCGGCAGAGCCCGGCAGAGUUCGGACGUCUCCGCCCGACAGAGUUCGGACGUCUCCGCUCGGCAGAAUUCGGCAGAGUUCGGACGUCUCCGCCCGGCAGAGCUCGGACGUCUCCGCCCCUCAGAGCUCGCGGAAGUCGUCCCCUGCACCCGCCCCGGUGUCACAGUGGAAGUCGUCCCCACCCCCGUCCCGGUGUUGCACCGGAAGUCGCCCCCACCCACCCCGGUGUCACAGCGGAAGUCGUCCCCACCGCCGUCCCGGUGUUGCACCGGAAGUCGUCCCCACCCCCGUCCCGGUGUUGCACCGGAAGUCGCCCCCACCCACCCCGGUGUCACAGCGGAAGUCGUCCCCCCACCCUCGCCCCGGUGUCACAGCGGAAGUCGUCCCCGCCGCCGCCCCGGUGUCACAGCGGAAGUCGCCCCCACCCACCCCGGUGUCACAGCGGAAGUCGUCCCCCCACCCUCGCCCCGGUGUCACAGCGGAAGUCGUCCCCACCCCGCCCUGGUGUCACAGCGGAAGUCGUCCCCACCCCGCCUACUUCCUCAUCCCGACCCCGGGUUCCUCUUUUUUCCCCGGGGCUCAGCACACGGAGUACUCAGCACAGCACCCGGGAGGACUCAGCACAGCACCCAGCGGAUUAACGAUGCCGGCCCUGGGGUCGCUCCUGCUGCUGCUGCUGCUCCUGCCGGCCGCGGGUGCCGCCGACCCCGUGCUCUGCUUCGCCCACUACGAGGAGGCGUCGGGCGCCUGCGCGGGGCCGAUCGGGGGCGGGGUCAGCGCGGAGGACUGCUGCCUGAACCCCGCCUACGGCUUCCGGGAGCGCGACGGGGGCCCCUGCCGGGCCUGCGGGUCCCCGCGGUGGUCGCCCUGGUCGCCAUGGUCCCCGUGCUCGGUCACGUGCUCCGAGGGUUCCCGGCUGCGGCGCAGGCGCUGUGUGGGCCGGGGCGGGAAGUGCGACGGGAGGGCGGAGCCUCGGACCCUGGACUGGGAGCGGCAGGCGUGCGAGGAGCGGGCGUGCUGUCCAGAACCCGGCGCCUGGUCCGAGUGGGGUCCCUGGGGCCCCUGCUCCGUCACCUGCGCCCGAGGCUCCCGGACCCGAGUGCGAGGAUGCGACCGCCCCGCGCCCAAGUGUGGGGGCCGCUGCCCGGGGGAGGCCGAGGAGACCGAGGACUGCGACGCCGGGACCGUCUGCCCCACGCACGGCGCCUGGUCCCCCUGGUCCCCCUGGAGCCGCUGCUCGGGUUCCUGCCACGCCGGAGCCCAGGACGCCCGACAAUCGCGGACCCGCGCGUGUUCCGCACCCGCGCCUUCCCAGCAUCCCCCGGGUCGGCCCUGCCCGGGCGCAGCCAAUGAGGAUAGCGCCUGCGUCGGCCUCCCGCCCUGUCCAGUGCCCGGCGGCUGGGGCCCCUGGGGCGCCGUGGGCGCAUGCUCCGUGACCUGUGGCCUGGGUCAGAUCCCCGAGCGCCGGUCAUGUGACAGCCCCGCCCCCCGUCAUGGCGGCGCUUCCUGCGCCGGGGACGCCACCCGGACCCAGGUCUGCAACACGGCCGUGCCUUGUCCCGUGGACGGCCAAUGGGAGCCCUGGGGCCCCUGGAGCCCCUGCCGCCGCGCGCACCUGGCCUCCAUCCGCUGCCAGGAGAUCCCGGGCCAGCAGUCUCGCGCGAGGACCUGCGCCGGCCGGAAGUCCGGCGGGAAACGCUGCCCGGGCGGCUACCAGCACAUCCGGCACUGCUACGACGUCAGCGGCUGCGCCCUGAAAGGUUCGUGGUCGCCCUGGAGCCCCUGGAGCCUGUGCACCCCGCCCUGUGGGCCGGAACCCACGCGCGUGCGCCGGCGUCUGUGCACCCCGCUGCUCCCCGAGUUCUCCACCGCGGACAGCGGCGGGGCCGAGGUGACGUCACCCGGCGGCCGGGGCGCAUGCGUGGUGCGUGGACGCGGUCGCGCUGACGUCACCCGGCAGGCCUGCGCGUGCGCACGGCGCGGCGACGGCGGCCUCAGCACCGCGGACAGCAGCGGGCGGCGGCGAGGGUCUCGCUGA